UUUCAAUAUAUCACGUGAUUUUUCUUUUGUAUAAAAUGUUGACGGAAAUUGCCGCCAUAAUGUGUGUUGUCAAAGUUCAACGUAUGUUGUGUUGAGUUUUAUCGAAUGCAAAGCUGGGUUUGUGAACCAUGGACGAUAUGUUGGAGGAGGAAGAUGAACCAAGACUACAUAUGGAUUGUGAGUCACGUGAUUCUGACAAUGAAACUGGAUUGGUUAUUGAGUGUGUAGAUGUGACUGGAGAAACAUCUUCAGUUAAAACACCUGACAGAUUUGAAAUGAAUAUUGAAAAUGAGAAGAUAGAAGUAGUUGUAAACUAUGAUUUUGUUCAGGAUGUAGUGGAUAAACCCACAGAAAUUACCCAGAAUGCUACAUCAAAAGCACAAAAUCCCAUACUGAAAUCAAAAACAAACAGAAAAAAAUCAGAACACACGAGUGAUGAAAAAAAAAAUUAUAAAUGUACGAAGUGUUGUUUUGAAACUAAUGACUACUCCCGUCAUCUUCUUCAUGCAUGUAAGCCAUCAACAAAACAAAACUUUACAAUCACAUACCAUAAAAAUGGCAAUAUAUUUAGCUGCUCUUGUGAUUAUAUAUUUCAUAAAUUAAAAUCUUUCCAUGAACAUCUUGUGUGCCAUAUCAUAGCCAAGCCAUAUAGAUGUUCACAGUGUAAAUCAAUGUUUGUUUCCAGGAAGGAAAUAAAUAAACAUCUAAUAAGUGCUCAUCCACAAACUGAUAAGAAAUUUCAUGUGAAUGGGCUAAAGUUCACAAGUAAUAUGCUAGAAGAAGCAAAAAAAAAAGGCUCAUACACUCACUAUGUCCAGGAGAAUACCAGUAGUGAAGGUUCUAGAUCCAAAAUAUCAAACCAAGUGGCUCCUGAACCCACCAAAGCAUCCAAUAUAAACAUUGUUAUUGAUGAUGAAGAAACAGAAAAUCCAGCAACAUCUAUUGAUGUGGCUGUUAAACCUAUUCCAGUAGGAUUGUUCAGAAAUGUUAAUCACACAGAAAUGUUCAAAUUUGAAUUUACUCCAACUUUUGUGAAGUAUACAUGUACCUUAUGCUCAAAAAAUUGGGAAAAUAAAAAGUUGUUUAGUCUUCAUAUGUGGAUUCAUCAGCAUGAAAAUGCUGUCCGUUGUGACCAGUGUGUAGAGAAAGAAGGCGAGUCGCACAUAACAUGUUCCGUUACUACUAAUUUGUUCCAUACUCUUUCAAAAGUCAGUUAUACAAAAGCUCAAGCAGAAGCGGUUAAGAAAGGAGCAUUAAGAAACAUCACAAUUGAUGAAAUAACCUGUACAGUUGUAGAUAACUGUAAAAUAUAUAAGUGUACUGUUUGUGAUAUAAAUUUUCCUUACAUAAAUGCUUUAAAGUGGCAUGUUUGGCAACAUUCUCACUCUACAAUUAUUUGUUCAGAGUGUCAUAUUAUGAAAUCCUCAGGUACUAAAUAUAUUCUAUGCUCUUCAGUAGAGAAAAUCAUGGAAAAACUAAAUGACAGCGAACAAUCUGAAUGUGUUAAAGGACGUGUAGGAAUAAUGCCUAGUCUUCAGGGUGAAGUAAACAUCACAACAGACAUAGAUGAUAUGACAAAAAAUAAAAGUGACUUUGGUUCUAUUCUGAAAAAUAAGCAAAUUGUAUAUGUAUGUUAUUUGUGUUCUAAGCAAUGGACAGAUAAAGAAAGAUUCUGGCUUCAUGUUUGGACACAUUGUCAUAAUAGUAGAAAGCCAUGUAAUGACUGCAAGAAGAUAGUCAGUUUUCCUGGUAUGUCAUGUUCUGUAGUUGAUAGAAGCAUCGAUUUGUCCUUAUCUGAACAACCAGAAUCUCCACUUCCUGUUUCAAAACCUGCUACUAGCACAUCAUCUGAUAAUAGGAUUACUGGAACUUCUAUACAAUCUAAGCAACAAGACAUGUUAUCAAUUGAAGAAGAUAGUACUGCAUCACAUCCUGUAGAUAAACCAAAAGUGGUACCUGGAACAAAGCACAAACCUAUUGCCGUUGAUGAUGAUGUUAUUGAAAUCGUCAUGGACAAUGCAGAUGAUGGUGAAUCCAAUUACUUUAUACAGCCAACUAAACCCUCGACAUCAGUUCCUUUGAACUUUGCUUCUACUUCAGUUCUUGAUGAAACCGGUCGAAGUACUCAAAACUCAUGUGGACAGACAGUUACAUCAGAGUUCCAUUUUAAAAAUCUUGUCAAUAACAGAUUUCCAUCUGGACUUAGAAGAAAAUUCCUUUCAUCUGAGAAUGUAGCUAGGGCAAUGUCUUCUCUCUAUAAUUUGACUAAAGACAAUUAUCAGUGUCUAAUUUGUAAUACAACAUUUCAUUUGAAUGAUUUAUUAUUUCUUCAUGAACAUUUGGCAGUUAAACAUAUGAAAAUCCCUUUACUUAAAUGUGGACAUUGUGAUUUUAAUGGUAAUAAAGACGGCCAAAUAUCCAACCAUUGCAGAACAAAGCAUCCUGGGAAAAUGAUAAGCAUUCAUGGGUAUGAUAUUGAUAUUUAUGAAUCUGUGUCUCAGUACAUGAAGUUGAUGAAACUAAAACAAAAAAAAACAAAUAUUGCUACAGUGGUUCCUCCUAAAGAUACACAACAGACAUCUUUGUCAGCUUCUGAAGAUGCUCUCCUUGUUAAGUACCAGAGAUUUUGUCAAGUUGUUGAUGAAACUGAACAUGAUCACAUCUUGUGUGUAAAAGGAGAAUCUGCACUGCCCACUGACACAGAAUCUUGUCAAAUUAAUAGGAUUUCAGAAAACCAUGGUAUAGAAGAUGAUGGAAAUAAACAGAGUUCUAAUAUCCAAAUACUAAGCACAUUUUCAUUGGCUCACUUAAAUAGAACCGACAAUAAUAUACUUGGGUCAAACAAUCCUCAUCCUAUUAGACAAGAUACAGCUACCUCCACAUCAAACAUAGAACAACUGUCAAUUAAGAGUGAAUUUUCACAAGGUCACCUGCAUACCUCACAUUUUUCUUAUCAAUUUUAUGCAUGUGGAUCUUGUUCUUAUUCAACAUUGAUUAUGGAAGACCUUCGAAAACAUCUCUUUACACUUCAUGCAUCAGCUAAGCAGUUUCCAUGUAAACAUUGUGGAUUUUUAGGCUUGAGAAUAGAUCAACUUAUGAAACAUUUUGUGUAUCAUACCAACCUGAAUGCACCAUCAAUACCUGUUUUUCAGUGUACACAAACUAACUGUGAAUAUCGUUGUAAUGUUUUAGAUAGCUUUAUAUCUCACAUUGAGAAGCAUGAUAAUGCAACCUUGGAAUGCCAUGAGUGUUUUGCCUCACAAGAUAAUGUAAAUGGGUUACGUCUUCAUUAUGAAGAAAAUCUUCUGUUAAUAAUAAGUUGUCCUCAUUGUACAGCCAUUGCUACAGAUAAACAUACUAUGAUUGAUCAUAUAGGGCAAUGGCAUGAUAGCAUGCCAACAACAUACUCCAUUAUUAAACAACUUGUGUGUAGAGAUCGUCAAAUCUAUGGUUAUACUGAGAAGAAUACUUUGAAAGCCGGGCCAGACAAGGCCCAAAUUGAGAUUGACCGUAAGAUGACUUGCACUAUCAGAAAAGAAGACACUGUUGAAUAUGUAAAUGACAUGACUGAACUCUCAUGUAAGUUGUGUUCUUUUAUAGCAGUUUCAUCAACGGAGAUUUCUUCCCACAUGAACAUACAUACCAACAUACCAGAGGAUAUCAUGGAUUAUCUUUGUCCAUUUUGCAAAUCUGGUUUCACAGAUAAAUACAAGCUUGAGAGUCACCAAAAACAACAUGCUGAGACACAAAUGACAAUAUAUUAUUUCCAGUGUAAAUGUGAUUCAUAUAAAACCAAUGUUUAUCAAAAUAUGUUAGAUCAUAUGCAUGAUGGUAAACAUACAAUUACCACCAACCCAAAAGACAUGUACCAUGUUGAAGAAAUUUCUCUUCAGUCCGGUGUUGUAACAUGUUCUAGUUGUACCUUCAGAAGUGUGUCUCCUAGUAAUCUAGCAAAACAUGUGAAAGCAGCACAUGAAAGUCAAGACAGUUGUGAUUUCCCAUCAGAUAAAGAAAUACAACAGGAGGAAGAAACGCAUAGUGAUGUCUGUGACACUGUUGAGAGAGCAUCUCCUAAACAAAAAGGACAUUUAAAAUCUCCCUUAAGGGUGUAUAAAUGUGCAAACAAGAGCUGUCUUUUCCUUACCAGUAAAUUGGAUAUUCUAAAACUUCAUGCUGUGAGUCAUGAAAGACAAGAACAAGAAAUAUAUGAAACUAAUAAAGAACAGGAUACCACAUUUGCUGAUAUAAACACAUACAAAAAAGACUUUCAUCUGUAUAUCCCUACUGAUGGACCUGAAAACCAGGAGAAUUUGCAUUUACUCACUAAAAGGGUAAAACCGCUUUUUGGAAAAAACGAGAAAACAUUUAAAUGCAAGUUAUGUAAAGUUGAGUUCAAAACUCUGGAUCAAACACUCAGACAUAUUUUACGCCAUCUUAAAAUUGAAUUUCGAUGUCACAUGUGUCAGUUUACUAGCACUUUGUUAUGGAAGUUGACGAAACAUGCCAAAAAACAACAUGCUUGCAAAUUUUUUAACAUUAUAUACUCUGACAAAAUUGAAGAGGCAAUUCACUCUUUAAUGUCCAGUACUAUUCGAUCUGAUGCAAAAAAAAAUGAUAAGUUCCAACCAGAUAAAACAUGUUCGAAGCCAAGUGUCUCAAACUCUGCAAAGACCAGAAGUGGUAUUGAAAUCAACCAAAAGGAAAAAUUUCCCCAAAUAAAGAGAAAAGAGAAUCAUUCUAUAGAGAGUUCAAAGCAAAAAGUCAGACAAUGGAAGAUGAGGAUCACAGAAAAAUUCAACCAGAAAACAAAUGUUAAUAGGAAAAGAAAGAAACCUAAUGAUGCAGAGGAGAAAGAUAAUCACCUGAAUGAUGCAUAUAAUGAUAAUAGACAAGACAAGAAAAGAAAAGUUAUAAACGAUUCACCCAAAAAGAUUAGUGGUUCAACUGUAGGUGAUGUCAAAACAUUUUCUGCAGCAAAACCAUUGAAGGAGGCCAGUAAAGAUGAUGAAACAGAACCAGGCAGCUCUAUUCAAUGGUCUACAACUAUCACCGAUAAAACAAUGUGUUUACUAGGCUCAGAUUAUUUAGAUGAGGGAUUGUCAGCUUUAUAUACUACUGAAAAUAACAAACAUCAAUGUAGAAUAUGUAAAAAUAUGUUCCCAGCUAUAACACGAUACUGGAUUCAUCAUCAUUUAAAUCUCAACCAUCUUAAAAUUGAUCUCUAUCAGUGUGGAUAUUGUGAUAUGCGUGCCAUUGAAAAAUUCAAGAUUCAUCAGCACCUCUCAUCUUGCCAUACAAAAGAUAGUGUGAAAGUAAAGGACAUUGAUUUCAACAUAAACCAUGCAGUUUAUAAUUUUAUCAGAAAAUCUAAUUUGAAUAUAGAAUAUAAACUGAAAAAUGAGUCUGAGAUAAAUACAAGUAUUGCUCCAGAGAAUAUUUAUCCUGAACUAAUCGAUGAUGAUGGCCCCAAGGUGAAGAAACUAUUUCGUUGUGAACAUUGCCAUGAGACUUUCCAAUAUGAGAUUAAAGCUAAGAUGCAUUCUAAUACUGAACAUCCAGAUAUUGAUACCAUAAUAAAACUUGUUUACAAUAAGGCAUCUAUCUCAUCUACCACUUCAGAGUCUGAAGCUAACCAGGUGAAAUCAGUGGAUAAAAGAAAAAAAUCGCCUUCAAUCAAAACAACUAUUUCUAAGAAAGUGAAAACUGUGGAUCACAAUAAAGAUGUAUUUAAAUGUCCACAAUGUAAUUUUACUACUAACGAUUGUAUAGAUACCAUCAAAAUGCAUUUUAAAAGUCACAACUAUGAAGAACUUCUUGAAUGUGGAUACUGUGGUGUUAGGUUUUUCAAUGAAAAGGCUAGUAAAAAACAUCACAGACUAUCACAUCAACUCCAGGUGUACAAAUUCAGCUCACUACCAUUAAAAGAGUUUUUUAAGGUUAUUAAAUCUGAGUCAAGUUCACCUAGUUCACAUACAGUACCUUCAGUAAUAGAUACAAGAAAACCAAAGUUUCAGUGCAUCUACUGUAAAAAGCAAGAACAUAACAAGAAUCUUAUGAAGAUCCACCUUCUCAAUCAUUUACCAGAAUUUCAGAGGUCUGUUGUUUGUUCUGUUUGUUCAUUAACUAUCAAAGAUCCUGUACGAAGAAAAACUCAUUUCCUACAGAUGCACAAAUCAGAUGAAAACAGUAAAGAAUAUCUUCUUGUUGAAAAACGGCUCAAUGAAUUGAUGGAUGAAUGUCAAUAUAGAGAAUUUAUUGAGCAGAAAAAAGAAAUAUUCAAUCAAAAAAGAGCAAUACAGUGUUAUAGCUGUUCUGUAACCUUUGAAAAUUUGUCCGAAUUAAGGAAUCAUUCCCAAAUUGAACACAAACUGUCUUCUAAUAUGUAUAUAUACUGGAAAGAUGCUAUUACUGGUGGAACAUAUAAUUUGCAUGGUUUGAUGAUUGGCUCCAUAGUUGAUCUCCAAAAUAUGGAUGUUGUUUUGUGUAAUCUCUGUGAUUAUCGAUGUAGCAAAAGAUCAGACUUAUUUAAACAUUACAAUAACCACAAUGGUAAGAAAUUGUCCCGAACCGUUGAGUUGCGAUAUCCAGAAUCCCAUGAUAAUGCCACUACAUGUAGUCAUCAGAUGGAUGGAGCAGAUUCCUGUAAGGAUAGUUCCUCACAGUCUAAAUUUAGUUGUUCUGAGUGUCAAGUUUUAAGUUAUAACUUAUACCAGUUUCGAGAACACCUUGGUCAACACCGCAGUACUUUUACAAAGCUUGUUCCAUCGCUGGCUGCCCCAAAAUGCUACAGAUGUCGUAUAUGUAAUUUUAGUAACCCAUCAAAAAAGCGAUUUGAAAAACAUCUUGAGAAGCACACAGAUUUAAAACAGUUUUCAUGUGGAUUCUGUUUAUUUGAAGCUAACCAGAUAACCCCUGUGAAGUUACAUUCUCGAGUAGCUCAUCCUAAUAAAGACAUUUCCAUUGUUGACAAAAAGAUACCUCACCAAGGACAGUUGGUAGACUUUGAUGUGGUAGUUAAGUUGAAGAACUUCUUUGAAAUGACUCCAAAUGAAUUUGAAAAUCUUCUAAAUUCAGCUAAAGUAGGAGAUGUUGAUUUGUCAAGUGUUUCAAUAGAAAUAGCAGCCAAAUUAUUGGCAGCUUAUGAAUAAAGUUAUGAAAUAGUGCUUUCCAGCUUAUUCCCCAUAAAAAUGGACAACAGUAAUAAUCUGUGCUUAUUGAAAGUGAUUGACUUUUUUAUUGUUGUUGUAAAAGAAGUGGAAUUGACAUCUAUUAAUACUUAAUCAGUAAGGUUUUUUAUACGCCAACAUUUUCAUGUGGACAUAUUGUCGUCCCCCCCUGUCCGUCCGUACACAAUUGUUUGUGAACACUCUACAGGUCACAAUUUUUAUCCGAUUUCAAUGAAACAUGAAAUAUAGGUUUAUCACCCUAAGAUCUUGUUUCCUUUGGAUAUUGGCAUGUAUGGGACUGUAACUUCAUGGAUUAUGGCCCCUGAUUGUACGAAAAAUCACGUAUUUAGCUUGUGAACACUGUAGAAAUAACAAUUUUUAUCCGAUUUAGUUUAAACUUGAAAUGUAUGUUUAUAACCCAAAGACCUUGGUUCCUUUCGAUAUUCGCGCAUAUCGGACCAUAACUUCAUGAAUUAUGGCCCCUGAUUGUACGAAAAAUCAUGUUUUUAGCUUGUGGACCCCAUAGAGGUCACAAUUUUUAUCCGAUAAAAAAAACUGUGUGAAUAUUCACUGUUACACCCUAAGAAUGGGUGAGUUCGAAUUUCGUAAAAAUCAGACCGAAACUGACGGACAAAAUGGCUGCGUCUCGUUCGCAAAUAGUGUCAAAAUAUUGCGUAUCAGGGUUUUGGACCCUCUGGAGGACACAAUUUUUAUCUGAUUUUGAUGAAACUUGAAAUGCCUGUUUAUAACCCACAGAUCUCGGUUCCUUUCGAUAUUCGCGAAUACCGGACCAUAACUUCCUGAAUUAUGGCCCCUGAUUGUACGAAAAAUCACGGUUUUAGCUUGUGGACCCCAUAGAGGUCACAAUUUUUAUCCGAUUUACAAAACCGUUUGAAUAUAUCACCAUUACACCCUAAGGAUGUUUGCGUUUGAAUUUCGUACAAAUCGGACUGAAACUGACGGACAAAAUGGCGCGCCCCUCGUUCGAAAAUAUUGUGUAUCAGGGUUGUGAAUCCUCUGGCAGUCACAAUGUUCAUCUGAUUUUGAUGAAAUUUGAAAUGCAUCUUUAUAACCCAAAUAUCUUGGUUCCUUUUUAUUUUCGUGCAUAUCGAAUCGUAACUUCCUGAAUUAUGGCCCCUGAUAGUACGAAAAAUCGCGUUUUUAGCUUGUGGUCCCUCUAGAGGUAACAAUUAUUAUCCAACUAGCAGGAUACCCGGCUUCGCUUGGGGGUCAUAACUCCGAAACCGGAAGUGGUAGACUAACGCCACCUGGCCUAUGUUACUCCCCGGUCCGAGCUACCCCUAUACCCCAAAUUUCAGACUCGGGGCAGACCUAGUGUAGCCGCCAACCCCGAACAGACAGACAAACGACAGUCUCAAAUAUAUAUAUAUAGAUUUAAAAAAACGUUUAUAUAUAUCACUGUUACACCAUUAUGUUUGUUGACUUCGAGUUUUAAUGAAAAUCGGACCAAAAUUGCCAGACAAAAUGGCCGCCCCUCGUACCCAAAUAGUGUAAACAAAGUUGUGGACCCUCUAGAGGCAACAAUUUUGAUCCAAUUUUGAUGAAACUUGAAAUGCAAGUUUAUAACCCAAAGAUCUUGGUACCUUUCAAUAUUCGCGCAUAUCGAAUCGUAACGUCCUAAUUAUGGCCUCUGGUUGUACGAAAAAUAGCGGUUUUAGCUUGUCGUACCUCUAGAGGUCACAAUUAUUAUUCGAUUUAAAAAACGUUCGAAUAUAUCACCGUUACACCAUAAUGUUUGUUGACUUCAAAUUUCGUGAAAAUUGGGCCAAAACUGCUGGACAAAAUGGCCGCCCCUCGAACACAAAUAGUGUAAACAUCUGGUAAAUCAAGGUUGUGAACCCUCUAGAGGUCACAAUUUAAAUCCGAUUUUGAUGAAGUUGAAAUACAUGUUUAUAACCCAAAUAGUGUAAACAUCUGGUAAAUCAAGGUUGUGAACCCUCUAGAGGUCACAAUUUAAAUCCGAUUUUGAUGAAGUUGAAAUACAUGUUUAUAACCCAAAGAUCUUGGUUUCUUUCGAUUGUAUCUUCCUGAAUUAUGGCCCUUGAAUGUAAAAAAAAUCGUGUUUUUAGCUUGUGGUCCCCCUAGAGGUCACAAUUAUUAUUUGAUUUAAAAAAAACGUUCGAAAUUAUCACCAUUACACCGUAACUUCCUGGAUUAUGGCUCCUGAUUGUUCAAAAAAUUCUCUAGAAUUUUUUUUUCCGAUUUUAAAAACCGUUUAAAAUAAAUAUAUAACCAUUCCACCAUAAUGAAGGUUGAAUUCGAAUUUCGGGAAAAUCUAAAUAAAACUGCCCAACAAAAUGGCGGCACUUUGUGCGCAAAUUGUGUAAAAGUAUGCUAUGAAGGUUGUGGACCCUAUAGAGGUCACAAUUUUUAUCCGAUUUUGUUGAAACUUAAAACAUAUCUUUAUAUCCCAAAGAUCUCAGUCCCUUUUGAUAUUUGGGCAUUUCAGACCAUAACUUUCUGGAUUAUUGCCCCUGAUUGUACAAAAAAUCCUGUUUGUUUUUAGCUUGUUUUCUAUCCAUCUCUUGCAAAAUAUGGGCGUAUCCUGCCUGGCAACCGCUGGUUCUUCUUUCAGUAAUAAGAUAUGCUAUUAUAACUAGAAAACUUUUCAUAAAUUUCCACCUUUAUAAGUUCUCCAUUGUUUUUUCCUUUAAUUGAGUGGAUGUAGAUUAUCUGUACUACAUAUACUGUCUUUUAAUUUCACUGAACUUAUUAUUAAUCUAAAAACAUAUA